UGGGGCAUGGAGGUGAUCAGGACACUGGUAUGAGGCAUGGCGGUGAUCAGGGCGAUGGUAUGGGGCAUGGAGGUGAUCAGGACGCUGGUAUGGGGCAUGGCGGUGAUCAGGACACUGGUAUGAGGCAUGGCGGUGAUCAGGGCGAUGGUAUGGGGCAUGGCGGUGAUCAGGACACUGGUAUGGGGCACGGCGGUGACCAGGAUGCUGGUAUGGGGCAUGGCGGUGAUCAGGACAAUGGUAUGGGGCAUGGCGGUGACCAGGACGCUGGUAUGGGGCAUGACGGUGACCAGGACGCUGGUAUG